AACGAAAUCUAUGAUCUAUCCAAAACGCGGGAGUCUAAAGGUUCCAUCCCACCGGAUUCAACUCUAUAUCAUAGUUGGAACUUUAUCGAGCCUACUUUGACCCCUGAGAUUUAAAGACUCGUUGAUAAAUAAGAUAAUUCUCUCAUCGCGAUUAACUGAAAGGGCAUAGACACUGUGAAAGCCAUUGUUAUGGGCAAGGAUAAAUCAGCUAAGAAAAAUCAAUCUUCAAAAAAUGCUACGGUGGCGGCUGCAACUCAACCGCCAAACUGGCCACCAUUCAAACCAACCCUACCCGUCGUGCAAUUCAACCCCGAGGCUCCCGUCCCGGACUUAGAGGACAAGAUAAUCCUAAUACGGAAUUUCUGGCCUAAGAAUCUUUGCCGAGACUAUGUUAACUUUCUAAAAACACUAUCUUUGACCACCACACCUGGUCGACCAAAACGUGGCGAAGCGUUAAGGGUUAACGAUAGAUUCCAAGUUGACGACGUACAGUUCGCUCAGAGACUGUGGCAUGGAACAGGACUCAAGGAGGCCCUAGCAGAAGAGUCCGUGAUGAACCUAUGGGGCGGUGAUGUGGUAGCAUUAAAUCCUAAUAUCCGAGUUUAUCGUUACUCCAAAGGUCAAUACUUUGAUUGUCACUAUGACGACUCAAAUAUAGUUGCUUUAUCGGAGACGAACGGGUCUUGUACUACCAUCAGCACUAAAACAACCUGGACGCUAUUAUUAUAUUUGACCUCAGCCGCCGAGGGUUGCAUCGGCGGAGAAACCGUAUUCUACCCUCACGACCGUAAAUCACCAAAAGAAGAAAUUGCCAUUGCCCCUGAGACAGGUUUACUCCUGCUCCACAAACAUGGGGAUGAUUGCUUGUUGCAUGAAGGUCGUGAAGUAACAGCAGGCGAGAAGUGGAUUAUCCGCACCGACCUCUGUGUGAGGAAGUAGUCUUCCGUUAGCGCUAAGGGAUGAUAUACGGACGCCCCCUGGUAAUGGGAAGGCCCCUGAAUACCACAACACUUUGGACUUAGAUAUCCUAGGCCUACGAUAUCGUGCCUUGACGCAACAAAUUAGGUAACAAAUAAUUAACCUCUAGAGGAAAAUCCCACUAUUUGCAAGCCACAAUAAUCAGCUGAUAAUUAGAAGCUGCUUGUGUCCGAAGAACCCGAGACAACUAAGUUCCUCCGAUCAGAGCUGCGCCCGAAGAUUUUUUUCGAUAAAGGAUGCCAAGUAACAUUCUUCGGCGGUCUAGCAGGCGCAUAGUUCCCGCGACUGCUGUUAUACUUAGGUAGCAAUAUAUUAGAUUAUAUCCACAAA